AUGGUCAAGUUUAAUCCCUGGCGCAAGACGCAACCGGUCGAGGAAAACGGCGCCACUUCCACAGCCGUGGCCUCACAAGAAAAUGAUGCGCCGCGACGUAGAUGGAACCUGGGCAUAUUGAGCGACCCCGAGACGGACGAAGUGCCUGGCUCCGUCAUCCUCCUCUCGCGCGCCCACAAUCGCAAUGAGCCACUGGGUCUCCAGCACGCCCACGCCCGCACCUCGACCUCGUCACUGCCUACCACACAACGCCCACAACCCCACCGCACAGUCUCACACGGCUCCCGCCACUCCUCGCGCUCCCGCCGCCCAGAGAAGAAGCGUACCAAGGAUGGCCGCUUUAUCCUCGAGCCCCAGCCCGAGGACUCGGCAAACGACCCUCUCAACUGGAACCAAGUACGACGAGACCUUGCCCUGCUCUCCCUCGGCUUCUACUGCAUGGUCGGAGGAGGCAUGACGCCUUUACUCGCUGCCGGCUUCAACGACGUGGCCGAGACGUACGACGUGACGAUACCACAGGUCGCUCUGACAACCGGCCUGUAUAUGUUGGGCCUCGGUCUGGGCAGUGUUGUUGCCUCACCCACCGCCAUCUUGUACGGAAAGAGACCCGUCUAUCUAGGCGCCAUCAUCCUCUUUACCCUCUCUUCCAUCUGGUGUGCCCUGUCGCCCAAUUAUGCCUCGCUGGUUGUCGCCCGUAUUGUCCAGGGUUUUGCUGUCUCUCCUGUCGAAUGUCUGCCUAGUGCCACUAUCGCCGAGAUCUUUUUCCUCCACGAGCGAGCCUACCGCCUUGGUAUAUACACACUGCUGCUUCUCGGCGGAAAGAAUUUGAUUCCACUCGUCAGCGCUGCCAUUGUACAAUCCCUAGGAUGGAGAUGGGUCUUUUGGAUUACGUCAAUUGUUGUCGGCUUCUGCUUCUUCCUCAUCUUCUUCUUUGUGCCUGAAACUUUUUGGGACAGAGCACCAAGACCACCCAAAAGGCACACCCGUGCUCGCAGCCAGAGCCCUGGUAAACACCAUAGCCACUUUCACCUGCCCAACUUGCAUCACAAAAAGGCCACAGAUGCCUCGCAAGGACAGCAGACAGCUUCGGUGGCGGCAACUCCACAGGUCCAUUCCCCUAUGGCAUCACCGCUAGCCUCGCCUACCGAGCACCCAGUCAAGCGAAACAAAAAUGUCCACGUCGGAUUCGCCGACCCGGAACCCGCUGAAAAGACACACAAUGUGAGUGUAGUCGACGAAAGCACACGCCAAGCCAGCGCUCCACCAACGCCCCAUUCCCAAAUCAGCGUCCGUUCCACUCCCAAAGAAACACAAGGUCACGACUACUUUGGUCACGUUCCUCCAGCUGUUCAGGCAGAUCCGGAAAAGCAGGACCUUCGGGCUCAAGAUGGACAUGCCACCUCAGACUCUGCCCCUGAUAGCGACCAGAUUUCGGAACAGUAUUCUAUCCACUACACCGACUACUAUCGUGAUGCCCCGCCGAAAUCAUAUCGCGAUUCCCUCAAGCCAUGGAACGGCCGUCUUGCCAAGGACAAAUGGCUUCGUGUAGCCAUCCGGCCAUUCAUACUCUUUGCUUACCCCGCAGUUCUAUGGUCGUCGCUCGUGUACGCCCUCGCAGUCGGCUGGCUGAUUGUCUUGUCCGAAUCAGUUGCGCACAUCUAUCGGGAUACUUCGUACAACUUCACUCCACUUCAAGUUGGUCUUGUAUACAUCUCGCCUUUUAUUGGUGGUGUCCUCGGCACAGCCGUCGCGGGUCGCGUUUCUGAUUUGGUCGUACGUUUCAUGGCUCGCAAGAACGAUGGCGUGUAUGAGCCUGAAUUCCGUCUCCUCAUGGCCGUUCCAAUUGCCAUCAGUACUGUUAUCGGUCUCAUGGGCUUUGGAUGGAGUGCCGAAGAGAGGGACAAGUGGAUUGUACCAACCGUUUUCUUCGGCGUCAUCAGCUUCGGCUGCUCGCUGGCUAGCACCACUGCUAUUACUUUUGUUGUUGACAGUUAUCGCAUGUAUGCGGGCGAGGCACUCGUCACCCUCAACUUUUCAAAGAACGUUCUGCAUGGUUUCAUCUUCUCCCUCUUUUUCCCACACUGGCUUGAGUCCAGCGGGAGCAAAAACACCUUUUUAGCCAUUGGAGGUAUCCAACUUGGCUGUAUGCUCUUUUCGAUUCCCAUGUACAUAUACGGCAAGAGAGCCAGAAUGUGGACAGUGAGAAAGAAUUUGAUGGAAAAGUUCUAG